UAAAGUAACGAUCUAGUCAGACACUGACUUGCAAAAUAAAUAAAUAAAAUAAUGAAUUAGAUACGAUUUUAAUACUCAUGAACUUGAUCUAGGUUAUAUGUAUUAUUUGCACAAAUACCCUCAUUUCCCAAAACUGCUGUCUUCAACGUGAUGCUCGUGACAUCAGCCUCACCAGCUACGCAAUCGGCUGCUAUCGUGUCAAUGCGCAAUUGCGCAGCCAGGGAACCCUGAGCUGUGAGACCAGAGGCAACAGAGAGGAAUGAAAACUACCGCAGCGCCACUCGAGAAAAAAAAACUCCUGCUGUGACCCCAUUCUCAUAAACAGACUUCCAAAUGUCAACAUUAUAAUCAGGUGAGCAUUCUCUUCCUAUGAAUUCCCUACGACUUAAUCGUGGAGGCUGCUGGGGGCACCGCUUCGUUUAUUGAAGUCAUUUGGAGCCUGGAGAGGGUAAGCAUGGCAAUGUAUUGGACUCAUAUAUGUUGUGUCUGCAACUCACGAUGACAGUUCGCAUCAGGACUGUGGAUGCACUCAUCAAAAGUCUGGAUAUUUUAGAGGAAGCACCAUGGAUGCAGCGGACAUAGUUGCUUCCGUUUUGGUUUUGGGGAUUAUAAUCGGGUCGCUGCUGUCCAAUGUUGUGGUUCUGAUCUGCUUUCUGUACAACCCGGAGAUCCGCAAACAGGUACCCGGUCUUUUUAUUCUCAACUUGACGUUUUGCAACCUGUUGCUAAGCGUGUCCAACAUGCCACUAACUCUGGUGGGGCUCAUCACCACGGGCCACCCCGGAGGCAGCGGCUUCUGCCAAAUUGUGGGUUUCCUCGACACUUUUCUCACCACUAACUCCAUGCUCAGUAUGGCAGCUCUCAGCAUCGAUAGAUGGGUGGCGGUGGUGUUCCCUCUGAGCUACCACUCAAGAAUACGGCACCGGGAUGCUGUGAUAGCACUGGCAUACACGUGGAUACACUCACUUUGCUUCUCCACAGUGGCCACCUGCCGCUCCUGGGUCGGGUACCAUCACCUUUACGCAUCGUGCACUCUUUGCAAUGUCAGGGCGAAGGGCGCCGGGACGCAGUUCAUCAUUUUCACCGUGGCUUUGCACUCUCUCACUUUCCUCCUCACGCUGAUCGUGUUGUGUGUAACGUAUCUGAAAGUGCUGAAAGUUGCAAGGUUUCACUGUAAACGCAUCGACGUGAUCACUAUGCAGACGUUGUUGCUGCUUGUGGAUAUUCACCCCAGUGUGCGCCAGAAAUGCUUGGAUGAGCAGAAGCGAAGGCGACAGAGGGCCACUAAGAAGAUCAGUACUUUCAUCGGCACAUUUGUGGUGUGCUUUACCCCUUAUGUCAUUACAAGAAUUGUAGAGCUCUUCUCCCCAUGGCCCAUAAGCCCUCACUGGGGCGUGCUGUCAAAAUGCUUGGCCUACAGCAAGGCAGCCAGCGACCCGUUUGUCUACUCACUGCUGCGUCACCAGUACAGGAAGACCUGCAACCUUCUCGCCAACAAAGUCCUCAAGAGGAGUCCACUCAACUCCUCCUCCCUCAGGACGGAGAACGGCGCAGAGAGGAGAGACAACUCCAACACGACCAACAACAUCCAACCAACUGCCAACAAGCCACUUGGCCAGUGAAGGUCAUCGCUCUCAGAGACAAUUACCGAGAUCUUAUUUUGAGGUUACCCCGUAGAUUCAGCUCUUUGCGAUGGUGUAACGUCAGAGUGGCACUCAAAACUCAAAUGUUCCUACAGAAGACAUACGUCUCUAAAAUAGCUCACAAAUAAAUACUUUUAACUUAAAAAGAAAAGACUAAACGAUCUUCUUAAAUAGCUGAUCACGGCAGUUUUUUUUUGCAACUGUUCUUUAGACAGAAGUGUUUUUGUAGGGGACUACUUUCAGCAGCAGAUUUGGUUUGAAUAUUUUCAGCAGCAGGACUGUGUACAUAAGAUUAUCUCAAAAUAAACUACAGUGCCCAUGUUCAUGGUAAUGAAGGAACAUGUCACCAAGUGCAACAGUGUGGCUCAUAGAAGUAUUUUUAAUAGUAGUUGGACAACAAUGGAGGUCUAAGGCACAGAGGAAUAAUCUAUAUAAGCGCAAGAGUAAGUGUCAGGAUACCGAAUAUCCUUUGAAGAAGUUUAGAUGGACCCGUUUUGUAGGUUGUGUGUGUAGAUUUUAAUGGCAUUAAGUAUUUUAAGUGUAACACCAUCUUUUUCUGCAAAGAGAAAGUUUCUAAUGAGAUCAUGUUGUAGCAUACUGGUAAAUGUGUGUCAUGUAGCCUGUGUAACAUGAAAAGCAACAUUAUGGUAACUCAUUUCUUUAUUGUGUCAUUAAAAAAGGCACAAACUACGAUUCCAAAUGUGAACAGGAGUGUAGCCCCGGCUCCAAACUUCAGGACACAGGAGCCUGUUAUCACUCCCAAAUGGAUAAGCAGGUCUUAUAUGUGGACUGACACUAAACAACAUCUAAAAUCUUAAGUAUUAACACGUGUUGAUGCUGUUAAAGGUCAAAUCAGUAAUGUUUUAACACAAGUAUAAAUCCAAGAGUAUUUUCAUUACCUCAUGUGAGUGUAUUUGUACAUUAUAGGGUGUUAAAAAAAACACAUAUUUAAAUGUACGACGUUUUACAUCCCAUCUAAACUGAAUGGCUGAAUCUUUAAAUUCAAGCAUAACCUUUGACCUCAAUGAUGAUUCUCUGGCUGGAAGAAGUGAAGGGAAGAGAUAUAAUAGAUGGUGAUUUCGAAGGUACAGUCAUGUCGUAUGCACAGCAGUGCAAGUUACUGUAUGUUGUAGCUGUGAGGCCUGAGUUCUAAAGUGCCUUUUAGACUAUGAGCGCUCUGAUUUAAUGAAAAUGCAACAGAGGAAACCUUCACAUUAUGUCAUUUUCUUGGUAUUCUGUGCUGUUGUUAAGUGUGAUGAUAGAGCCCGUUAUGCAGUUUGUUCACAUUGUUCAUAGAAGGUUUUAAGUAAUGUUUAUUUUGUAAUUCCGCCUCAUUGUACUGUUGCAUCGGGCAAAACAGGGUGAAAUAUUAUUUGAAUGUGGUAGCAACUAUUCAGUGAUGUGUAAUUAACAUUCCAGUUCAUGCCGUGUGAGCGGCUUUGUGAUGUCUGGGGUGUAAAAACUAUUCAUUUUGACGACACUGGCAAAUCAGGAUGUCGUGUUUUUACUUUACUGUGACAGUAUGAAGCCUUAAAAAAGGCUUAAAAUCUAUUUAUUUUUGUCAAAACUGUGUCUGAUUUUUGCUAAAUACAUUUGUGAUUAUAUUGCAAUAAAUGCUGUGCAUUUUGACAUUUUAAAA